GUGGCCGGUGGGAUGUACUGGUCCUGGGUCUCCGGGUGUCGGGGUGCGCGGCGCCCCGGGGCUGCGGGCCGGGGAGGCGGCGACCUGCUGCAGGCGGCCAGCGGGGAGCGGCACGCGCUGCUGCUGCGGGCCGACCACUCGGUGCUCUCGCUGGGGGACAACGGCUGCGGCCAGCUGGGCCGGAGGGGCGUGCGGAGCGCGGAGCAGCCCGAACCCAUUCAGGCGCUGGAAACGCUCCGGGUGGAUGUCGUGAGCUGCGGGAAGGAACACUCGCUAGCCGUCUGUCACAAAGGAAGGGUGUUUGCCUGGGGAGCUGGUUCUGACGGGCAGCUGGGGAUUGGAGAAUGUAAAGAAAUAAAUUUCACACCUAAGAAAAUAAAAGCUCUGGCUGGUAUAAAAAUAAUACAAGUUUCCUGUGGAAGCUUUCAUUCUCUGGCAUUAUCAGAAGACAGCCAAAUCUUUUCGUGGGGAAAGAACAGCGAAGGCCAGUUGGGCCUGGGGAAGAACGUCCUCGUGCAAGCCACCCCUGAGAGGGUGCGGUCCCUGGAAGGAAUCCCGGUGGCUCAGGUGGCGGCUGGAGGAGCUCACAGCUUUGCGCUGGGUCUCUCUGGGACUUGCUUUGGCUGGGGAAGCAACAAGGCUGGUCAGUUGGCUGUCACGCGAAAGACUGUCCAAGUACAAAGCUACAAGCCUCUUUCAGUUGGUGCUCUGAAAACUCUAGGUGUGACUUACAUCAGCUGUGGACAUGAACAUACUGCAGUGCUAACCCAGGAUGGGAAAGUGUUCACCUUUGGAGACAAUAGUUUUGGACAGCUGGGUUUUGAGUCCUCUGCCCCUGUGAGAGAACCAAAGCUUGUAGAAAGACUGGAUGGCCCCGUUUCCCAGAUAGAUUGUGGAAGUUAUCACACCCUUGCCUAUGUCUACACCACUGGUCAGGUGGUAUCUUUUGGUCAUGGACCAAGUUGCACAAGCAACCCAAUCCAAUCAGAGGCCCCCAGAGAUACCUGUGACAUGACCUGCCUGAUUUCUGCUAAUGACCUUGAGAAUAUUCAAGUCCAACACAUUUUUGCUGGGAUGUAUGCUGACUUUGUGACAGCCCACAAGGGUGAUAGAUCCAGAGGUGUUUCUAAGAAAAUCCUGUCAGAAAUAACCCACAUUAAACAGGGUCUAGAAAGAAAAUGGAUAGCAGUGACAACAGGAAGUGACAAACAUGACUUGGCUAUGAGAGAAAUUACAGUGAUAUUUUCAUCUCCUGCUUGUCUGACUGGGAGUUUUUUGAAGAAAAGGGUAACUGGACAAGUCACAUCCAUUGAUCUGGACUUUAAAAGGGCAAGAAAUAUCUUCAAGAAGUUAGCACAAACAGAAUGGAUUUCUUCCCUGAUAAGAACCUGUCUGGAGGAAAGACUGCUCAAAGCUCUUCCGAGUCAUUCUCCACACCAGGAAGCUUUGCUGGUUUUCCUCCUACUUCCGGAGUGUCCUGUGAUGAAUGACGACAGUAACUGGAAGAGCCCGCUAGUGGUUCCAUUUGCAAAGGCCAUUUGUGAAAUGAGUCUCCAAUCUCGACAAGUCCUGAAAAAGUGUUGGGCAUCCUUGGAAGCAUCUUCUCUGAACACACUGGUCCAGAUGCUUAAAUCAGUAGCAAUUGAGCAGCUUUUGGUGCCUCCAUUUUUGGCUGCUGUCCAUGAUUUUAGAGCUCUUCUAGAAAUUAUGAAAGAAGUGCACAAGGUAAACAAAAUGACCUGUCAACUCCCAGAAAGCACUUUCAACAUAGAUGUAUUGUUCCAUUGCUUUGACUUUUACAGAGAGAGUAAGGCACUAUUGUUGCAAGAUGAAAAUCGGGCACCUGCAGAAAUUUCCAAUCCUACUUUCUAUGACUAUGCAUUUAUUUUUGAUUUGCCUUCCAGAAUGAAAUUAUUGCAAGCAUAUUCACGCAUAAAAGUAUGGAAAUCAGAAAUGACAUCUCCAAAUCAGGAUGAAGAAGAGAUACUAAUGGAGAAUCAACUGAGCAAUUUUAAACUGCAUGUCAGACGGUCUCACAUAAUUGAAGAUGCCCUGCGUCAGUUAAGCCAAGCUGAACUUUCAGACCUUUUGAAAACUUUAGUGGUUGGGUUUAUUAAUGAAAUUCGUCCAGAGACUGGAGUCAACGCUGAGUUCUUCCACUGCAUAUUUAAAGAGAUGACCAACCCCAAAUAUGGAAUGUUUAUAUAUCCUGAUGAUGGCCCCUACAUGUGGUUUCCUACUAAGCCUAAGCUUGAGAAGAAGAAAUAUUUUCUCUUUGGGAAAUUAUGUGGGCUCUCCCUAUUGAACUUCAACGUUGCCAAUCUUCCUUUCUCGCUGGCUCUCUAUAAGAAACUUCUAGACAAAAAGCCAUCAUUAGAAGAUUUGAAGGAACUCAGUCCUCUUGUGGGGAAGAAUCUACAGGCAAUUCUCAAGUGUAGAGCUGAUGAUAUUGAAGCUGUCACUUAUUUUUCUAUAUACUGGGAUGAAAAUACUAUUGAUUUAGUACCAAAUGGAAGCUCUAUACCUGUGAACCACACCAACAAGAAUGACUACGUUUCUAAGUAUGUUGAUUAUAUUUUCAAUGUCUCCACAAAGACAAUUUAUGAGGAAUUUCAGAGAGGAUUUUAUAAGCUCUGUGGCUGGAAAAUGGUUCAAUUCUUCAAGCCUGAAGAGCUAAUGACAGCAAUAAUUGGAAAUACUGAUUAUGACUGGAAACAGUUUGAAAUGAAUUCAGUGUAUGGGCAAGGAUAUGACAAGUCACACCCUACUAUACGGAUGUUCUGGAAGGCUUUCCACAAGUUAUCGUUGGCUGAAAAGAAAAACUUUCUCUUGUUUCUUACAGGAAAUGACAGACUGCCCGUGAAAGGUCUAUAUGAUAGCAAAAUAUUAUUUCGCUGUCCUGAGACUUUCAGUGAAAAUGAUUUACCAAGAUCAUUGACUUGUCAUAAUAUUCUAGACCUGCCUAAAUAUUCUACAAUGAAGAGGAUGAAGGAAGCUCUUCAAGUGGCCAUCAAUAACUACAGAGGCUUUGUCUCACCUGAGACAGGACAGCAAUACUGAUCUCUGACCUUCAGAUUCUUGAUUCUUUUUUACACCUCACUGAUAGAAGAGGUUGUAAGAUUUUUGUUAGGAUUACUUAGAAAGGAUAACCAAUAGGAUUAUGAAAUCUGGAAUAAAUAAAAUUCUAGUGAAAUAAAAUGAUACGAAACACUUCCUGUAUUCCUAACUUUGCUAUGAGGAUGCUUCUUUUAAAUAAAUCAUUUCUAGAAUAAUUGUCAUUUCAAACAUAAUAAUUGA